UUCUUCGUGAGCGCGUGGUUUCUGACGUGAAGUUCAACUGUGACUUAUAGCGCGAAAUGGGACCUAAUGGGAAUCGUAUUCGAGAAGAAACUGAGGGUCAAGAUGAAAUCGAAUAUCUUCCAGAUCACGGAUCCAAGAAUAGUGACAAUGAGGAGAAAACUCUGAACCCGCAAUCGAUUGAUCAGCAUCUUUUCAAAUAUGCACCGGGAAGAGGACUGGAACGAUAUAAAAAUUCUGCAAAAAAUUUGAUGCCAAUACGCAGGAAGAAAAAAGGGGAGAAAGUAAGAUCUAUAGAUAGUGCCGGACUUUUUUCUAUCAUAAGUUAUUCGUGGGUUUCAAAAUUAAUGUACAAGGCAUAUAGCAAAGGAAUAAGUAUAGAAGAACUACCCGAUGUAUCUCCUUAUGACACUUGCAUUCACAACACAGAACGAUUGGAACUACUAUGGAAUCAAGAAUUGACCAAAAUGGGACCAGAGAAGGCUUCCUUAGGGAGAGUAGCUUGGAGAUUUUGUCGAACAAGGAUUUUGUUCUUCAGUAUUGUAUUUACUGCUAGUCUCAUUUGCGGUUUUGCCACCUCUACCUUGUUUAUGCGAAAACUGAUUGAAUGUGUACAAUCAGACCAGAGAUCAUAUACGGAAAGUCUGAAAUGGGCGUUCUUGUUAACGGUGGCUGAAUUCUUAAGGGCCUUAUUUCUUCACUGGGCAUGGGGACUGAGUUAUAGAACAGCUUUGAGACUGAGAUCCGCGUGUUCUGCAUUGUUAUUCCGAAAAAUUAUUCGACUUAACUACUUGGGAGAUAAAAGUAUUGGACAGGUAAUCAACAUGUUCUCCAAUGAUGCCCAGAGGAUAUAUGAUGUCAUCGUCUUCGGGCCAAUGAUUAUUGCAGGUCCGAUAACCACUGUGUGGGGAGUGUGCUACAUUCUGUGGGUACUUAGUCCGAUGGCGCUCCUUGGAAUGACUGCAUUCCUCUUAUUUUACCCUGUUCAGUAUAUGAUAUCUUAUUACACUGGAUAUCUCCGAACUAAAGCAGUGCACAUUUCGGACCUCAGAGUAAAACUGACGAAUGAGAUCUUGGAAUGCAUAAAAUUGAUCAAAAUGUAUGCUUGGGAAAAACGUUUCAGCCAGGAUCUCUUAGAUGUGAGAAAAAAGGAACAGACGCUACUUUGGAAGACAGCUUGUUUUCAGUGUUUAAGCAUCUGUUUGGCUCCGACUAUUCCAGUCAUUUCUGCAAUCAUAAGUUUUCUUGCACACAUUGCUGCUGGAAAUAAUAUAACAGCAGCUCAGGCAUUCCCACUCUCCACAUUUUUUGGAACUCAGGUAAAACAAUCCCUGAAUCGUCUUAGGGAUGCGUCACAGACCAUUGUUGAAAGUAUGGUUGCCUUUCGCAGACUCAAGGUAUUCCCUUACAUAAAUCUUCUCGAUUCGCGGCUUCGUUCAUCUUUGAUGACAUUUCAGUACGGAGUAGAAUGUGCAAUCACGGCUGGCAUUUCAUUCAGCAGAAUAAAGAGUAUAUUACUUUUGGAAGAUGGUGGCUGUUUGAUUUCAAAGCCUAUCCUAAAGUCUCAGGCAGUUGCUAUCAAACAUGGAACAUUUGCCUGCAACGCUUUCGAUGCCGAAGGUGAAAGACGAUCUAACGUGACAGAAAAGGAACGGCAGAAUAUCCUCAAGAAUUCAAGAGACAAAAGUGAGAAAGAGAAACUGAGUACACUCUUGCAUGAUGCUAGGCACAUUCACGUCUUGUCUGAUAUAACAUUCGAAGCUACAAAAGGCAAAUUAAUUGGUAUCUGUGGGCAUGUUGGUAGUGGAAAGUCUAGCCUCUUGCUCGCUGCUCUAGGACAACUUCGAGUAGUAGAAGGCCAGGUGAUGAGGGACGGCUCGUGUGCCUAUGCAAGUCAGCAAGCCUGGAUCACAAACAACACAUUGCGAGAAAAUAUAUUAUUCGGAGCUCAGUUUGACCACAGUAGAUACUUCAAGGCUAUUUAUGCAUCAAACUUGAGUCAAGAUAUUGCUGAAAUGCCCGGUGGUGAUCAGACCGAAAUUGGAGAGAAAGGAGUAAAUUUAUCUGGUGGCCAAAAACAGAGAGUUGCUUUGGCUAGAGCUCUGUAUGCCGAUCGAGACAUUUAUUUUUUGGACGAUCCACUAAGUGCUGUUGACGCACGUGUAGGAGCCCAUAUUUUUUAUAAACUGAUACGUGGUGCAUUGAAAGAAAAAACCGUACUCUUUGUUACACACCAAGUUCAGUACUUGAAUCAUUGCGACGAUAUCUACAUGAUACAUGACGGCAGAAUUAUAGAACAUGGCACACAUGAUGAGUUAAUGAAACUGGGCAAUGAAUAUGCUCUGAUGGUUACAGCUAUCUCAGCUAAUGAUGAAACUGAUUUUGCUAUGCCAAUGAAUGAAAAAAUUGGGCCCAAUUUACAAUCGGUAGAUAAAUGCUUACUUGGUAAGGAGGAUGAAGUUGAUUCUCCGGGCACCGAUACCAAUACUGCCAAAGUAAAUGGUGAGAUAUUGGGUACUCCAGUGCUAACUGUGGCUGAGGAUCUUCAGAAAGGAACCAUAAAAGCAGAUACGUAUCACUCAUACAUUAUGGCUGCUGGUGGAUAUUUUUUCACUUCCAUAAUAAUUAUAACAUUCGCGAUAGCUGUUGGAAGUUCUUCUUUUAGUUCUUGGUGGCUCGCGUUGUGGAUAAAAGCUGGCAAUGGCCUAAAUACAACAGCCAUGCAUCAUAAUGUAACAACAGAGUCCAACAAUAUAAAUGACAAUCCAGACUUGUGGUAUUAUCAAGCAAUCUAUAGUAGUACAAUUGGAAUGAUACUGUCCACAAGUUUACUGCGUAGUUUAGUAUUAACAAGAGCAACAUUAAAAGCUUCCACAAAAUUACACAACGAUUUGUUUCAAAAAAUAAUUCAGUGUCCGAUGAGAUUUUUUGACACGACUCCAACUGGACGAGUACAACACUUAUUCAGCAGAGACAUGGACGAAGUUGACAACAGGCUCCCGAUUAGCUUAACAAGUCUUAUGCAGAAUGUAUUCAUAAUAUUUUUUGCUAUACUGGUCAUAUGCUUGGUGUUGCCAUGGUUCAUUUUGCCUCUAUGCAUUUUGAUUAUAGUCUACUACUUCGUCAGCAAAGUAUUCCGAGUAGCAGCUAGAGAUCUGAAACGCAUGGAAAACAAGUCACGUGCGCCAAUUAUCAGUUAUGUUACAGCCACAGUUCAAGGACUUAGUACAAUACACGCCUUUGAAAAAGAGACUCAAUUUCUGACAAAGUUCAAUUGCAUGUUUGAUGAAAAUAGCCAGUGUAUGUUCAUGUGUUCGAUAGCCAUGAGGUGGCUUGCAGUGCGAGUUGACUCUUUAUCAGCAACAGUAACAGCAAUAACUGCAUUCUUGGUCAUUUCUUUACAAGACGAACUUCCAUCAGCCUUAGCUGGUCUUGCUCUUUCAUACGCAGCACACAUCUCAGGUGUCUUUCAGUACACUGUAAGAUUAGCUUCAGAAACAGAAGUUAAAUUCAUCAGCGUCGAAAGAAUAAAUCACUACCUGAAAACGUUAAUAAGCGAGGGUAACAUCAAGGAACGGAUCCUUCAACCACCAUCAGGUUGGCCAGUGGCAGCAAGUAUAAAAUUCCAAAAUGUCAGCAUGGCAUACGGAGAAGGGGCUCCCAUUAUCCUAAAGAAUGUUUCGUUUACUGUUGAUGCUGGAGAAAAGAUUGGUAUCAUCGGGAGGACAGGAUCAGGAAAGAGUUCUCUUACAAUAGCCUUAUUCAGACUGGUGGAGUUGGUGGAGGGAAAAAUAGAAGUAGACAAUGUCGAUAUAUCAGAAAUAAGCCUUAGUCAGUUGAGAACAAAGAUUUCAAUCAUCCCACAGGACCCAACACUGUUUAACGGAACUAUAAGAUCAAAUCUGGAUCCAUUCAAACUUUACACAGAUACAGAAAUAUGGCAAGCACUUGAAAAAACCAAACUGAAGAAUAGAGUGCAAUCGAUAAAUGGUCAUCUUGACGGGUCUGUUGGGUUUGGAGGAGACAAUUUAAGCGUGGGUGAAAGGCAGCUGCUUUGCUUAUCAAGAGCAUUGCUCAGGAAGUCUAAGAUACUUGUUAUGGAUGAAGCAACUGCCGCUGUAGAUCCAGAAACUGAGAUUGCUGUUCAGACCACAAUUCAACAGGAGUUUUCUACCUGCACGAUACUAAUUAUAGCACACAGGCUUCAAACUGUUUUAUCGCUCGACCGAGUUCUCGUUAUGAACAGUGGCAAAAUAUUAGAAUUUGAUAAGCCAUAUAAUCUUCUUAAAGACUCAAAUUCGGAAUUUUCUAAACUGAUGGCAGGUGUUAAUACAGUAAAAAACAAGUGAAGAGCUAUUUUUUUCGCAAUAGCUUAUGGCAGUAUUAGACACAAUUACAUCUACAUACAGCAUAAAUUUCAAAGUUAUCUCUACCGAACGAAUUGUACCUGAAUCUGUUGAUGCAUGCUUGGAAUAAGAACAGAUAUUGACCACGAAAGACUCAACAGUUAC